AUGGUUGUGAUUUGGGUUUUGGCAUGGUUCUUGGCGAUACAAGCUACAACAAUAAAAGCGUGGUACCUGCCUGGAAUAUCACCAAUCAAUUACUGUCCCAAAUCAAGUGAUAAUGACAACAACUGCAAAUCUGAUAUAACUUUAUUCGUUAACAAACUAACAUCAAAGAAGUCAUUCAUCUCUUUUCGUUAUGAUUCGUUUGAUUUCUGCAGCCUAUCAUCAGAGCCAUCUCCUGUGGAGAAUAUUGGACAGGUUGUUUUCGGAGAGCGCCUUCUUCCAUCCAGUUAUGAGAUUACUUUCAACAAAGAGGAAACAUGUAAAGUUCUUUGUACAAAAGUAUACUCCCAUUCUAAUUACAAGUCAUACUUAUUUAUCAGCAAAGCAAUUAUGAUGGGUUAUGAACAUCAUUGGGUUAUGGAUAAUUUGCCAGUUACAGUUUGUGUACAAGCUGUAGAUGGGAAAAGGUACUGCAAAACUGGAAUUCCGCUCGGAUGCUAUGAAGGCAAUCAGGAUAAAACCGAUUCAGUGUGUCUAGGAAUUCCUUUAAAUAAACAAGAUGUUGUCUUGUUAAAUCAUAUCAGUCUGCAUAUAAUUUAUCAUCCGGUUGAAGAUUCAUGGAGUGGUGCAGGAAAUGUUAAAGCUGGACGUAUUUUAUCAGUGAUUGCCAGUCCUCGUAGUAUUGCUCAUCCAGACAAGAAAGUUGAUUGUACAUCAAAACAGCCAUUGUUACUACCAGCUAACUUGAAAAAUGAACUUAAAAUUACAUAUACCUAUAGUGUAACAUUUGAGGAAGAUUUAACUCGUAAAUGGUCGUCACGUUGGGAUUAUAUUUUGGACACAAUGCCACAGAGUAAUAUACAAUGGUUGUCGAUUCUCAAUUCUUCGGUGCUUACACUUUUCUUGUCUGGGCUUCUUGCAACUAUCUUGUUGCGUACACUGCGUCGUGAUAUAGCUCGUUAUACAGAACUUGAAAGUGCUACUGCUGUUCAAGAGGAAUCUGGAUGGAAAUUAGUUCAUGGUGAUGUAUUUCGUCCACCUGCAUGGGGCAUGCUUUUCUCUGUUCUUGUUGGUUCUGGUGUUCAAAUAUUUCAAAUGUUAUUGGUUACCUUAUUUUUUGCCUGUCUUGGAUUUUUAAGUCCAGCAAAUCGUGGUGCACUGAUGACUUGUGCCAUGGCAUUAUUCGCUUGUUUAGGAGCUUCAGCAGGUUAUGCAUCAGCUAGAAUUUACAAAUUCUUUGGUGGUUUACGAUGGAAAACAAAUGUGAUAUUGACAGCAACAGUUUGUCCAGCUUUUGUCUUUUCACUAUUCCUUAUAUUGAAUUUCGCCUUAUGGAUAUUAGACAGUGCAACUGCUACACCAUUCGGUACUAUAGUUGCACUUUUGGCACUUUGGUUAUGUGUUAGUUUACCUUUGUGUUUUCUUGGAGCAUUCUUUGGUUUCAGACGAUCGGUAUAUGAAACUCCUGUUCGUACAAAUCAAAUACCACGUCAAAUACCCUAUCAAAGUUUAUACAGUCGACCACUGAUGGCAUUUUUUGUCGGUGGAUUGUUACCAUUCAGUUGUAUAUUCAUCCAAUUGUUCUUUAUAUUCAAUAGUAUAUGGGGUGCACAAUUUUAUUAUAUGUUUGGUUUCCUAUUUCUUGUUUUCAUUAUGCUUGUAAUUACAAUAUCUGAAACUGCUAUACUAAUGUGUUAUUUCCAACUUUGUGGAGAGGAUUAUCAAUGGUGGUGGCGGUCAUUGAAUACGGGAGCUGGAACAUCCUUCUAUUUAUUCGCUUAUUCUAUUCAUUAUUUUGCAACACGAUUAGAAUUUCAAGAUGCAGUCUCAGCUUUCUUGUACUUUGGAUAUAUCGCUAUCAUUUUAUGGCUUAACUUUUUAUUUACUGGUUGUAUUGGUUUCUAUGCAUGUUUCUGGUUUGUUAGAAAAAUCUACAGUGUUGUUAAGGUGGACUAA